UCUUUUCUGCCAUACAAGGUACACUCAAAGAGAGGGGGGUAUGGUGACAUACUGCAUUGCCAGAUGCCUCACCCAAACCCUCAGAUCUCCCUGGCCAAAGCUCAGCCGCAUGAUUGGCCAUGUGUCCAUUGUAGAGCCCAUGGCCACAGCUAAUGGUGACAACAAUGAUGAAAGCAUUCGUGCAAAAUCCCUUGCACUGAGCCAUAUCUUAGGUAUUGAAUGUGAUGGGCACCUGCAGUCUUUUGGGGUUGGGGCCAAGGAGGUGUGCAUGGAGCCAGUGGUCCUCUCGCUCCUCCCUGUCUCCAUUGAGAACUACUGUCUCUGUCUCCUGGAACUCGGGAGCAUGCACCUGCGGGUUCAACACAUCCGAAACUACCCAUAUCUGGUCAGGAAGAGAGUUGGUGUCCUUCAGGCACAUGGGGUCAUUCCACACACUGUCCAGCAGCUGCCUCUCAGGCUACUCUCCCUGUUGAAGGCACCAAAUGCAGUGCAGGAGGAAGUACUGGCAGCAUCCAAGGACUACGAGAUAAAGAGCCUCCAGGACCUGCUGAAGACCGUGCAAGGAUCCUAUCUGUCGUGGCGACUGGGGAUCCCAAAGCAGGAGAGUGCAGGGAUCCUCACCAGGCAUCCCCGAAUCAAGAACAAGCCCCUUGCCCACUUCCGUCUCCUGCUUCACCUCCUCCUGGAAGAGUUCAACCUCUCUCCAGAGAAGUUAGCGAGUCAUGCAUACCUGCUUCAGGCACGGCCAGGUCACCUGGAAGAAAUCCUGGCCUCUGUUCCCAUGCUGGCAGGUCAGCCCAUGAAGGAUGUGGUCCAGCGUUACCCCAAGGUCCUCAUGUCACCUCCUUCAUCCCUUAAGGCUAUAGAUGUCCUCCUCCGCCGAGAGAUUGGCAUCUCUGAUCCCAGCAUCAGGCAAUGCAUGGAGAUCUACACUCUCUGCCCAGCAACUGUCCAGGCAAGGCUGAAGGAACUCGAUGCUGUGCCUGAGUUUGAUGCCCUCAAGAGUCAUCCCCGAGUUCUCAGGCUAAUCUUCAGCCAGCAGAAGGCCAAGAAGCGACUGGCAUUCCUGGGUGAACUGAAGCUACUUAACCACAGCCUCUACCUCCUCACUGCUCCCAAGGGGAAGUUUGAGAAGUUCCUUGUCGAUGGUGAGAACCGCACCAGGGGCAAGGACACUGUCCUCUUUCUGGCUUUUAAACUUGGGAUCGAUGAAAAGACAGUACGAUCGGAGUUGCGGAAGCAUCUGCACUGGACAUGUGUCCCUUUGGUGAGGAUCAGUGACACCCUGGCAUUCUUGCUCGAUCAAGGCUAUACUCGGACAGACGUGUCCCGCUGCAUGCAGAUUCUUCUGUAUGAGAAGGGGCUUCUCAAGCGGCAUCUCUCAGCUCUACCACUCUACACAGAGGCCCAGCCAUUCAGUCAAUGGAAGGAUGGGCCACAUCUCCUGCACUUGCUCCUCUAUUUUGUGGAGAAGGAAUGCCAGUUCACAGGAACAUCCAUCUGGACUCCCUCCUGAAUAAUCUCCAUCAAUAUGCAGUUCAUGAACCUUCCUUGAAUCAGGCUCAUCAACAUCAGUCAUAAAGU